UUGCUCUGUUUUCCGCUCAAAGGUCGGAGGCAGUCCCGGCGGCAGCUGAGGAACGAGAAGGACAAGCCGCUGCCCCCCCUCCUGGCCCGGGUCGGAGGCAACCUCGAGGUUCUGGGCUUCAACACCCGGCAGCGCAAAGCCUUCCUGAACGCCGUGAUGCGCUGGGGGAUGCCGUCCCAGGACGCCUUCUCCUCCCAGUGGCUGGUCCGGGACCUCCGGGGCAAAACCGAGAAGGAGUUCAAAGCCUACGUGUCGCUGUUCAUGCGCCACCUCUGCGAGCCGGUUGCCGACGGCGCCGAGACCUUUGCGGACGGCGUCCCCCGGGAGGGCCUGUGCCGGCAGCCCGUGCUCACCCGCAUCGGCGUCAUGUCGCUGGUCAAGAAAAAGGUCAGAACCGAGCCGCCGGACCGGGUUUCUGGUCCCCAAAGAAUCGCACGUUCCCUGGAAGCGGGGUUGCGCAAUCGCCAGGAUUUAGAGCUCCUUUCUGAGUCCGGCCUGUUCGAACCUGCAGCCGCCGCCAUCUGA